UAUCAAACGAACGUAAAAACCAUCGUACAUUCAAGCGUAAAAUUGAUCUUACGACAAGAUUCACGUGUGAUUCAUUAAAUGUUCCUACGCAGCCAAUCUUGUCGUACGAUUAAUCGCUCUUUGAUAAAUGCGGCGGCUGAAAUCCAUCGUAAUUUACAUGUCACGCCCCUAUAAAUUCAGGGAGGUGAUGCCGCGCCCCUAUACAUUUUGCGAGAUGGCGAAACGGAAUCCCGUCAAAAAGAAAAACUUCUCUGAAUUAGAGCUUGACGUUUUAAUUACACAGGUUCAGUCAAACCAGCUAGUAUUGUUCGGCAGCUUAAAAAGUGGCAUUAAAGGAAGCCAAAAAAACGCAGUUUGGAACGAAAUAACAGCUGCCGUCAACAGCGUUGGCGAUGUUAACAGAACAUCUGUUGAGGUGAAGAAGAAAUGGGCCGACCUCAAACUUUCAACCAAAAAGCGUCUUGCGGCCCUAAAACGCAGCACCACGCAAACUGGAGGAGGCCAGCCAGACCCUAGGUUUGUGCUGACUCCAACAGAGGAGCGUGUGUCUGCACUCAUCGGACCAGAAUCAAUUGUGGGAAUAAGUGUCGGAGGAGACACGGACGAGCAUGUUUCUAUCCAUGAGGAGGAUAUGUCAGAGGCAAGCACAAGCGGUACUCAUUCUACACAAACCAGCCUGGAGCCUGCCGCACAAAGCCAGCCAACCUCGAGCUGUCACACCGCACAUUCGUUCUCCACCCAAAGACCACGACAACCGUGGGUUGUGACAGCCGAGGUCCUGGCGAAACAAACAGAAAUAAUCCAGGGAAUAACAGCGAUAAAUCAUUCAUUAAUUGCAAUAAAUGAAACUUUAAAGCAAAUAAACGAGAAUCUAAAAACGAAAUCUCAAAAAUAA